AUGACAUUCUUUGAUGAUGAUUUCUUCAACUGUGUGCAGUGUGGACGGAUCCGCUUCGAAUGCGUGCACUGCAGACGAUCGGAUGCAAACAGAAGCUAUUGCAGGUAUUGCCUGUCAGGAUGUUAUGACAAGACAAUACCUGUCACAGUCCUCGUGCAGCGGGAUUUGCGAUGUCUCCGAUGUAAGUGCAUGACGCUCGCUGGUGUGGACAUCUUGGCGACAAGCCUGGCAGAGGACGCCACCGUCGGCCUUCUGCGACCUGAAGUGAUUGAAGCCGCCAUGGCCGCCGCAGGAUGCAAGCGCGGCGAAGACGGCGGCUUUUACCCAGAGAUCCAACUUCGUGAGUGGGAGAGAUGGCACGGCACGCACAGCAUUGUCAGGCCCAGGCAUGCUGCGAGGGAACCAUCAGUUCAGGUGAUUUUAGUAGGCGCCGAUGGAGCAGUCCUGCUUGAUGCUGCCUUGCUCGUCACCCUCGCCGGCUGA